AUGGAGCAGGAAGAUACGUGGCAGGCUGCGCACCAGUCUCCCACGGAUAAUGAGACGUCAACAAUGUUGCAUAUAUCGGUGCCAUCUGGAAACAAUGGAGUUCAUCAGCCGCUGGCCACUCAACACUUACCGAAUUUGUCCGGGCCUUACGUGUUAUCCAGGCAGAACGAGGGUGAAGGGGAGUCACGGAUCAUUAUGUCACUACCUGAGCAUGGUGCCAGGUACUCCUCCCAACUGACUCCUACACCUUCCCAGAUGUAUUGUCAGCUACCAUCUAACCACCAACCAGGGAGGAUGAUGGAUACAGGAUCCCACAUGAUGCCCUUAGGGAAUCCAGGUACUCUGGGAGUGGCCAUAGCCUUCAGUGAGAAUCUGAUGUCUCAUAGUGGCCUGCCAGGCUCAGCUUCCAGUGGGGUCCCAGUAAUGGCUCACAGCAGUGCCCCACCACUGCCUUUUUCUGUCCCUUCAACAGUACCUGCUACCACAGGAAUAUUGUUGGUUCCAGGCAUGCCUUCCGCUGGGACCCACGCCAUGCCCCCCUCCAUGGAUCAGAUGUUGCACUUAAAUCACUGCAACCUUGGGAUGCCCCCAGCUAGGCUCCAGCCAUUGCCAACUUUAGAAUCCCAGGACUCACUUGUGACCCAGUCAAAUGGCCAGGAAGAACCUUUCGCACGUGAGCAGCCUACACCUGUUCCACAGGGGACAGAUAACCCCAGUGUUCCAGGAAGGGCGCCCAGGAAGCCAUCUCCAGUUUUAAGGCCUUACCUCUGCUCAUACAGCAACUGUGGAAAAGCUUACACCAAGCGCUCUCACCUCGUGAGUCAUCAACGCAAACACACAGGUGAGAAGCCCUUCAUCUGUGAGUGGGAGGGCUGUACAUGGUCUUUCUUCCGCUCUGAUGAGCUUGGACGGCAUAGACGGAUCCACACCAAAGAUCGACCACAUAAAUGCAAAGUGUGUGGCCGACAGUUCAUGAGGUCCGACCAUCUCAAGCAACACCAAAAAACUCAUCAGCGCGUGCCAGAUUUCCCGAUGCCUCAGGCCAACAGUGGACAGACAUAUGGACAGAUAGCUGGUCCUCUUGCUCCUG